AUGUCCUGCGCACAUCUUUCUAACGACCGGUCCUUUGGGCCACGAGUUUAUCCCGGCUGUAGAUCGUUCGACUUCACGCUGUACUUUGAGGACGUCUUUUUGGCGUGUUUGCCAUCUGUUCUGUUCCUUCUCCUCGCGCCGUCACGGAUGCUUACCCUCUUACGCCUGCCGCCUGCUUUCUCGGUCAAAUCUAGGCUUCUGUGCGGUAAACUAGUGGCAUUGGCUGUGUUGCUUGCCUUCCAGAUAGCUUUCCUGGUACUACGCACGCGGACGAGGCCGUUCCAGACUUCGGCAUCGGUCGCAGCGGAUGCUUUGGCGCUCGCCGCCACGACCGCAGUUUGCCUGCUAUCAGUUCUGAGCCACCAACGAUCGCAGCGGCCGUCAACACUGCUCAGCCUGUAUCUCUCCGCAGCAGCCAUUCUGGGGGUCGCUCGCGUCCGUACGGCGUGGCUUAUCGGAGACGCCGCGUUGGCGUCAGCGACUGCGUUGACGUUCGUGCUCGUUUCCAUCGUGGCGGCGCUUCUUCUCGAGUCUGUCGAAUCGAAAAAGGGCGUGCCCCGUGACGAGAGCCUGUCGGACAGCAAACAGGCAACGCCAGAGCAGAGCAGCGGCUUUUGGGCGAGGACCUUGUUCACCUGGCUUGCGCGGACUUUCUACUCGGGGUAUUCCAGAGUCAUUUCGCCCGGCGAUCUGCCUGGUCUCGACCCUAGCCUCGAAAGCCGCGCUCUACACGAGGACCUGGCUGUUGCUUGGGAUAAAUACGACCACCAAAGUCGCCGCAGUCUGCUGAGAGCUUGUUUACGGAGCUAUCUGGGCUCCUUUCUGUCACCGGUCCUUCCCCGGCUAUGCCUCACCAUCUUUACUUUCACGCAGCCGUUCCUCAUCAACACGACUGUCAGCUUCGUGGCGCAAAAAGAUGCCGAUUCAAACUAUGGUAGAGGGUUGAUCGGCGCCUGGGCUCUGGUAUACUUGGGAAUCGCGGUGAGCGGCUCGGUCUUUCGGUACCACAACCUUCGUUUCAAGACCAGGCUUCGCGGGGGGUUGAUUGCACUCAUCUAUCAACAAACUAUACAUACCAGGGAGGUCGACGCUGGGGAAAUCACGGCGGUUGCUCUCAUGGGAACCGAUGUGGAACGUAUAACCGGAGCAAUGUCCAUGUUUCACGCAGUCUGGGCCUCUCUGCUGGACAUCGCCGUCGCCAGUUGGCUGCUUGGGCUCCAACUCUCGCUUGCCUGCCUGGCUCCCAUCAUUCUCGUUUUAGUCUUCAUAUCUGCCGUGUCGAAAAUAUCCGUGGCAACCAAGACGGCCCAGACGCGAUGGAUCGAAAAGAUCCAGGAGCGGCUCCGCACGACCGCCGCCAUGCUCGGUGAGAUGAAAGCCGUGAAGAUGCUCGGGCUCGGCGAGGUCAUGUCGAACAAAAUCCGGCAUCUCAGGGAAGAUGAGAUUGGUACUUCCAAAUCCUUCCGAAAGCUCCUCGUGGCCACAUUGUUGCUCUCACUCACCCCGAUCAAUCUCGCCCCCAUCGUCACCUUUGGCGUGUAUGCCCUCAUUUCCGUCUUUUGGAAGAGCGGAACGCUGCUACCGGCGCAAGCAUUCACGUCGAUUGCCCUCAUAUCGCUGCUCACCACGCCCGUCGUCAGUUUCAUCCAGCUUCUGCCCAUGGUUGUGCAGUCGCUUGCCUGCUUCGACCGGAUACAAGACUUCUGCAACUAUAGCCACAACGCCCAGAUUCACCAUCAGCGCCCUCGUAGCCCUAGCCGUCACCAUGGUCAGCCGAGAGCAGACCCUGGGCGGGGGUCGCUGAUCUCUGAGGGUACAAAAAGGCCCUCACUCUCGCCAGGGAACCACAUCGUCUCAUGGAAAGGACAGAGUUUCGGGUGGCACAAAGACAAGACUACACUUCAUGACCUCACCAUUGACAUUCAGCGAGGCGCUGUGACUGUUGUCGUCGGUCCGGUCGGGAGUGGCAAGUCGAGCUUCUUGAGCGCGAUUCUAGGCAACUUGAUCUCCACGUCUCCAGUGGCAAAGCCGACGGCAGGAAGGGGGUGCCAAAGGGACGACGCGGCAUACUGUUCCCAAACCCCCUGGCUCGAGAACGGCACUGUCCGGCAAAACAUACUCGGGGCUUCGUUUUAUGAACAAAAGUGGUACGACACCGUAGUGUCGGCAUGCGCGCUCGAGGCCGACAUGCAGGCGUUACCGAAAGGCGACUUCACUCUCGUCGGCAGCAAAGGCGUGAGCCUCAGCGGUGGCCAGAAACAACGCGUCGCGCUUGCACGAGCCGUCUACUCCAGGCAUAAAGUGGUGGUUCUCGACGAUGUUUUCGCUGGAAUGGACGCCAGAACAGCCCAUCAUGUCUUGAAUCGCCUCAUUGGGCCCGAUGGGCUUUUCAAGAAACAGCGCGCCUCGGUCGUUGUUGCAACACAUCAUCACAAUGCCAUGGCUCUUGCAGACAACAUCAUCACCAUCGAGCGCGGCAGAAUCCAGGAAAUUGGCAGUCCUGAAAUCCUCGUCCGUCGCCAGGGAUAUGUCAGCAAGCUCGGUCUGAGGUUGUUGCCCUGUGAUGGUGUGGCCGAGGACAAGGCGGGCAUCGAUGCGCCUGAAGCUCCGAUCGACCAUCCGCCAGUCGAGCUGUCGGACAGGAGCGAAGAAGACGAGAUACUCCAUACCGAUGUCCGACGCAGGAACGGGGAGACGGCAGUUUACGCGUACUAUUUCCGCAACGCAGGGUGGAAAGCUGUGGCCCUGUACGGCAUCUCCGUCGUGGCCUGGAUCUUCUUCUCCGAGUUCUCGACCGUCUGGAUCAAGUGGUGGUCCGAGGCGAACACCGCCGCGCCCAACAAGAGUAUCGGGUACUACAUGGGCGUCUACGCCCUGUUCGGCGUCCUCGGCACUCUGACCGCCUCUCUGGCUGCCUGGUUCGCCUUCCUCGAUGUCGUAUCCAACACGGCCUUCAAGCUCCACGCCGAUCUUCUCAGGACGGUUCUCGCCGCCCCUUUCCGCUUCCUGGCUAGGACCGACAGCGGAGAGCUCCUCAACCGAUUCAGCGAAGACAUGCAACUUCUCGACAUGGACUUGCCCGUCAACAUGGUGAACUAUACUUCCACCGCCGUGUCCGUCCUGGCCAAGCUCGCGGUCCUGGCCGUCUUCUCCCAGUACCUCGGCGCGGGCCUGCCGCUCCUCGGCCUCGUCCUCUACGCGCUCCAGCGCUUCUACCUGCGGACGUCGCGGCAGGUGCGCCUGCUCGAGAUCGAGGCCAAGGCGCCCCUCUACGCCCACUUCUCCGAGUCCGCCGCCGGCGCCGCGACGAUCCGCGCCUUCGGCUGGCAGGCGGCCUACCAGGCGCGCGGCCACCGCCGCGCCGACGCGUCGCAGCGCCCGGCCUACGCCCAGGGCUGCGUGCAGUCCUGGCUCUCCCUCGCGCUGGACCUCGCCGUGGCCGCGCUCGCCGUCGCGCUCGUGUCCGCCGUCGUGGCGUGGCGCGACGGCUUCGGCGCCGGCGCCGCCGGCGUGAGCCUCGUCAUGGUCGUCGGCUUCAGCGAGGUCCUGGCCCGUCUGAUCCAGACCUGGACCAGGCUCGAAUCCAGCGUCGGGGCGGUCGCCAGGGUCAGGCGCUUCGUGACCGAGACGGAGGCCGAGGCCUCGGUCGGGAAGUCGCCGCCUCCGCCCGCGUCGUGGCCGUCGGCCGGGGCGCUCGGGUUUUCCAAUGUAGUCGCGUCGUACAGCCCCGACACGGACCCGGUGCUCAAGGGCGUCACCCUGACCAUUGAUGCCGGCCAGCACGUCGCCGUAGCCGGCCGCUCAGGCAGCGGCAAGACGUCGCUCGUCCUGGGCUUGCUGCAGAUGAUGGACGUGAGAGAGGGCAAGAUCGAGCUGGACGGGGUCGACGUGUCGACGCUGGCGCCGGCCGAGCUCCGCUCCCGGAUCAACGUCGUCUCCCAGGACCCCUUCCUGAUCCCCGGGACCGUCCGCGCCAACAUCGACCCCUUCGGCGCUUGCCCGGGCGACGCGGAGAUCACCCGGGCCCUGGAGAGGGUCGGCCUCUGGGGCCUCGUCCGGGCACAGGGCGGCUUGGACGGGGACGCGGAUGCCGAAUCCUGGUCGGCCGGCCAGAAGCAGCUUCUCUGCUUGGCCAGGGCCAUGGUGCGGCGGUCCAAGCUGUUGGUAUUGGACGAGGCGAUGGGCAGCGUCGACGCCGAGACGGAGGCUCUCAUGCAGGAAAUUGUCGACACCGAGUUCGGCGACUGCACGGUGCUGGCCGUCAUGCAUCGACUCAAGCACGUUUCUCGCUACGACAGGGUCGCGUUGCUCGGGGACGGGGAGCUGUUGGAGUUCGGCGAACCGGCUUGUUUGAUUUCUGGCAGGACCAGGUUUGCUGAGCUGUACAAGAUGAACGAGAAUUGA